UAAAAUUUUCAGAAAUAGAUGGAUUUGUAUAUGAUUUGUUGCAUUUCUUAUGGUUGAAGGACCCAAUUUCAAAAGUAAGUCUACGUAAUUAAUAGAAAGCACCAUUGAUAAACAUACCGUAUACUCUGUAAAUAAAGGCAGGAUAUGUGAAGUUUUGGUAUUUCAGCAGACAAGGCGUGAUUAUGAGAAAAAGUAAGGAGAAGUUGGAUCCGGAUUACUUAAAAGAGGUAUUCCAUUCAGAGAGUACAAAUAAAAUUGAAGCAGUGUGGAUUUUCAAAGAAAAUGAGAAACUUAAAUUUCAUUAUAUGAAUAAGUAGGAAGUCGGUCAUUUUAUUGAGAAACUAGAUUACCAAGCUGACGGUGUCUUAUAAGGGUUUGUAUGCCCCAAAAGGGAAUGUAAUAGCACAAUUAAAUGUAUUUGGUAAAAGAAUAGUUGCAUAUUCGAGUAAAUUUAUAAUAUCAACAAAAUGGCAAACACUUCAUUACAUCCAAAUCAAAGAAUUACAACUUUUGAGACAGAUGGCGGUCCAACAAUUAGCACUACGUAUAAUGUCUAUGCAAUGUCUUAGCUUGAACUCGAAUGUGUUGGCGAAAACCUUAGAAUUGACUUGCCAAGAAAUUCAGCAGCAUAUUUGCAAUGUGACUUUUGAGAAGAUUAAUAUAUCUUUAAUGGAGUUAUAUUUUAGAUAAGGGAUAGAUGGGUAAAUCUAUCUAUUGUUUUGUUCAAAAGUGAGAACCGCAAGUUAAAGUAGAAGUAAUAGUAAUGUGAAGUUAUCUCUGAAAGUGCCAUUGCCUAAAGGGCCUAAUAGAAUUGAAUUUACAAAUCAAAGGUGUGUUGGUUGUAAAGUAAUUCAAAAUGUUAAUUUGUUCGAAGAAGUAAAUUAUGAUUGUGAGUAUUCCUUAGAUUUCAAUAAGGGAGAUCAUUGAGAGUUGGGAUAGACAUCAUGAGAUCAAAUAUAAACAAGACCCUCCAAUAAUAGAAAUGGAUAAGGAUUGUUUGGUUCCCAAAAUACUCAGAUUCAUCUAUCCCAGUUUGGAUUUCAAUCACUAUCAGGGUCUGAAGUAGAAUGUGCCAUUCAUAAGUUAAAAGAUUAAGUUAUGUUUGAAAUGCUACAAGAAUGUAAAUGAUAAUAAGUCAAGAUUUUCUACAGCCACAUACUCAAUACAGAAAAGAAUUAUGAUGAGAUAGAAGUCUUCUCAGAGUACCUUUUAAUAUGAUACCCAAUCAAUAAAGAAGAGUCAGCACAGUCAAGAAUCAUUUAUAUAAAAUACAUUAAGUCAAACCAAAACUAAUAGUACUCAUAAAAGAAGCACAUCAAAUACAUCAUAUAUGUUAAAAUAUAGAUGUAAUACUUAACUUAACUUCAACUAAUCUAUAAGUUAGAUAUUUAGAAAUGAAUAAAGUUAAUGA